CUCACAUCAUGAGACAUUGUGGUUUGAUGCUGUGUAUCCGGAAAAGAAUCGGCCACGCACGUGCAGAUACCGAUAAGCUCACGGGGCUAGACCGCAUCAGGACUAAUGGCCGGCGCUAUCUAAUCUAUGACCCGGACUGCCGUCACUCCCCCUUAUCAAGAGGAUAGCCUUACGACUCUUCGACUCCUCUGGCCAUGCUCUUCACAGUUUAAUGCAGUGGGUACUUCGUCGUGAGGGUGGUUCCGACAAUAGAGACCUCUCUGGACAGGCUACGAAUCUCUUUGUAUAAAUACCGUCGCGAGCAUCGCGGUCAACCGGCCCAGAGUGACGUCUCUUCGCCUUCACCAAAAACGUUCCAUCUACAACCACCAUGGCUCUAUGGGCAGGAUUUCCCGCUGGUGUUGGGCUACCGCCGCGGUCAAAUCUGGCGCCAGCUAUUCGAAGACCUCUGAAAUGUCGUGCAAAGAGUGAAGAUUUCGAGAGGAAGUUGUUAAGUCGUUUCUCCGUGUCAGAUGAAAUGCUGGCCGACGCCCCCGAGGGCUCUGAUGAAGACCCGCUUCUGCUGAAGAUGCCAUACGAGAUUCUUUGGAACAUUUACGACAGUUUAGACCACUCCCCAUCUCAGAUCGCGCUGGCGUUGACCUGCAAACGUAUGGCCACAGUUGCCCGGGACGUUCAUCUACAUCUUUCAUCCACGUCUGCAAAAUAUGCCGGGUUUCUCCCAAAGACGGUAUUUGACGUUCCUGAACUAAUGGCCCAGUUAAAAUCCUGGAUGCCUGCCGACUUGCGCCUUUGCAACCACUGCUUGACCAACCGUCCGUGUGACGAGCAGUAUUGGAACGGAAUCGUCGGGUGUGAGAUUAGCAACUUUUGGAUCCAAAAGACCGGCUGGAAUUUUCAUGAUGCGAGCUGGCACAAGCAAGUCCACGACAUCUGUCCUGCUUGCCAUGUCAAUUGUACCUUGAGUGAUUACGUCGACUGUGACGGUUGCCGAGCUCUGGGGAGACUGGGCGAUAUUGAUUGGAGCAGGGUCUCAGACUCCUGGCGAAGGAGAACUGAGACUGAACUCCGGGCAGGACGUUUCGCGACAGGUCCCGCUUGAAUUGCAAAUGGUCUGCCUCCAAAAGGGAAAAAGAACCCACCAAAUCUCAAACAUCCAAGGGCUUCAAAGCAAACGAACGCAUCACGAAGCCGCAUCGGCACAAAUCGAAGACCACUUCGCCCCAGCUUCAUACAUCAGUUCAAAAAGGCACGUCGCGCUCAGCCGAAUCAAUACUGCGAGUCAUGCACAUGUUGUGGCUGCAGGACUGCAGGAGCAAUCUAGGGACAACUUAUCAACGCGGACACAUUUCGCACUUCGGCCAGCAAUGUUCAUCAUCAAGCAUGCAUACACAAUCCUCAUUGUCCAGCCUACUGAAUCGAUGAGAACGCUGGGGCUGCAAGUGAGCAACCCAGGCGCUAGCAAAAAACCACCAUCAUGAUAUUUACUCCUCCAAUUCCACCAUGAAAUCAGCGUCGGUCUGGUGGUGUAGUUGGUUAUCACAUCUGCUUAACACGCAGAAGGUCUUGAGUUCGAGCCUCAACCGGAUCAUUAUUUUUUGUUCCUGUUUUCCACCUUUUUUCUUUCUCUUCCGUCUUUAAACGAAUUCAACACGCUUCCUUUUUUAUUAUCCUUUUUCAAUCUGUAAUUUGAGAUUCUCUUUUUGCCCUUCCACAAUCCGGGCAUUGACCAGGAUCUUGGCAAGGUGGGGGUCUCUCCAGAUUCACGUGUGGCCUAGUAAACCGCCUUCCAUGUCAGAUAUUUCUAGCCGGCCGUGGACUAAUCACGAGUUGCUCGCGUUCCAAUAGAUAUCAACUAUUAUUUAGUGCUUGACGAGUGAGGUUUCUAAUGACAUGUAGUUGUAUGCGCCGAUAUUAUAGCUGGCGUAUAAAAGCAGCAUUGGGGUCUUUUGGCAUUUUGUCUCUUCCCAACGGCCCCGCCUGAACAGGGCAACUUAGGUUAGCUAGCUGAAAGGCAACUCAAUGAUCAAUAUCA